GCGGAGCGCGGGCUCUAUCCGGGUGCCGAAACGCAGACCAGUUGCUCUGCCCGGCCAUGGCUGCACGCUGCUGGCGCGGGUGGCACUGGGCGGUGUGGCCUCGGACCCGGCCGUCUCCCGCCGGGAGCACCCGGAGUUGGAGCAAGGCAACUCUGGGGCUCAGUAGGAGUGCGGGGAGUCCUGCGAUCAUUAAGUGUCGCCCCCGCAGGCUGUUCUCCACACAGCAGCAGGACCCCCAGAUCUGCGUGGUGGGCAGUGGGCCGGCGGGUUUCUACACAGCCCAACACUUGCUCAAGCACCACCCCCGGGCCCAGGUGGACAUCUACGAGAAGCAGCCGGUGCCCUUCGGCCUGGUGCGCUUCGGCGUGGCGCCCGAUCACCCCGAGGUGAAGAACGUCAUCGGCACCUUCACGCAGCUGGCCCGCUCGGAGCGCUGCGCCUUCCGCGGCAACGUGGCCGUGGGCAGGGACGUGACGGUGCCCGAGCUUCAGGGCGCCUACCACGCCGUGGUGCUGAGCUACGGCGCUGAGGACCACCGUGCCCUGGGCAUCCCCGGCGAGCAGCUGGCCGGCGUGUUCUCUGCGCGGGCCUUUGUGGGCUGGUACAACGGGCUUCCCGAGAACCAGGAGCUGGCGCCCGACCUGAGCUGCGACACGGCGGUGAUUCUGGGGCAGGGAAACGUGGCCCUGGAUGUGGCCCGGAUCCUCUUGUCUCCUCUGGAGCACCUGGAGAAAACAGACAUCACAGAGGCCGCCCUGGGGGCGCUGAGGCAGAGCCAGGUGAAGAUGGUUUGGAUAGUGGGCCGGCGAGGACCCCUCCAAGUGGCCUUCACCAUUAAGGAGCUCCGAGAGAUGAUCCAGCUACCCGGAACCCGGCCCGUUUUGGACCCUGCAGAUUUCUCAGACCUCCAGGACAGAAUCAAGGAGGCCGCCCGGCCGAGGAGGCGCCUGUCGGAGCUGCUCCUGCAGACAGCCACGGGCACGCCGGGGCCCAAGGAGGCUGCCCGCUACGCCUCCGCCUCCCGGGCCUGGGGCCUGCGCUUCUUCCGCAGCCCGCAGCAGGUGCUCCCCACGCCCGAUGGGCAGCGAGUGGCGGGCAUCCGCCUGGCGGUCACCAGGCUGGAGGGCGAGGGUGAGGCCGCGCGGGCAGUGCCCACCGGAGACACCGAGGACCUUCCUUGCGGGCUGGUGCUGGGCAGCGUAGGGUACAAGAGCCGCCCCAUCGACCCCAGCGUGCCCUUCGACCAGCAGCGCGGGGUCAUCCCCAACGUGGACGGCCGGGUUGCGGACGUGCCUGGCGUCUACUGCAGCGGCUGGGUGAAGCGAGGGCCCACUGGCGUCAUUGCCACCACCAUGGCCGACAGUUUCCAGACGGGCCACACUCUGCUCCAGGACCUGGCGGGCGGGCGGCUGCCGGCGGACCCCCGGCCCGGCUGGGCGGCCAUCCAGGACCUGCUCCGCAGCCGAGGGGUUCGGUCCGUCUCCUUCGCAGACUGGGAGAAGCUGGACGCCGAGGAGGUGUCCCGGGGCCAAGCGGCCGGGAAGCCCAGGGAGAAGCUGCUGGACCCGCAGGAGAUGCUGCGGUUGCUGGGGCACUAAGUCCAGAUCCCGCGGGCAGGGAACCUCUGGACACUGGCCCCGCCCCCCGGAGGGGUGGAGGAGGUGCGGGCUGCCCCGCCUCCCCGCGCCCCCUGGCCUCCGGGGGUGGGCCCCCAUCCCACCCCCGGCCCAGGGGUAGGAGGCAAUAAAUCGGCCG